UUUGCUCCUUCGUCUUCGUCCAUGGAGAAGCUGAAGAAGUCGGUGAUCGAAAUCGCCCACAGCAGGGACCACGCUAAGCUCUCUUCUCUGCAACGUUCCCUCAUCCCCUUUCUCUACAUGGCGUCUUCUCUCUACAAGCUCGGUUUGUCCCUUCGUCACCGUUUCUACCUCUACGGCAUAUGUUCCAAGCAUCGGUUGCCAGUGCCAGUUGUUAGUGUUGGGAAUUUGACUUGGGGAGGCAAUGGGAAAACACCAAUGGUCGAGUUCAUUGCCUUAUGGCUUGCGAGCUCUGGGAUUUCACCUCUAAUUCUUAAUAGGGGCUAUGCUGGUGGGGAUGAAGCUAAAAUGCUUAGGAGGCAUCUUGCUGGGAGUCUCGUUAAAGUAGGUAUUGGAGCAGAUAGGAGAGCAACUGCUGCUUGGUAUUUUAACAAAUAUGGUUAUGUUGGAUCUCGGAGUAGCACAUUGACUGAGAAGCGUUGUUUAGAACAAGCGAGAAAUCAUCCGAAGUCCGAAAAAAUUGGUGCUAUUAUUCUUGAUGAUGGAAUGCAGCACUGGAGUUUGCACCAUGACUUGGAGAUUGUUAUGUUCAAUGGGAUAACACUGUGGGGAAAUGGGCAAUUAAUACCACUUGGACCUUUAAGAGAACCAUUGGCUGCACUCGAGAAGGCAGACGUUGCCAUUGUUCAUCAUGCUAAUCUGAUUUCAGCACAAAGAAUUGAAGAUAUCAUUAUAACGUUGCGGAAAAUUAAGGAUUCGCUUACUGUGGUGUUUACCGAAAUGGCUCCCUCAUUCUUCUUUGAAGUUACAAAUGUCAAUUCCAGAAUAUCUUUGGGAACAUUGUCUAACAGUGUUGUAUUAUGUGUUUCUGCCAUUGGCUCUGCUGAUGCUUUUGUGCAGACAAUGCAGAAGAUAGGAGCAUAUCAUGUUGAUCGACUCGACUUCACCGACCAUCACAUGUUUCAAGACAGGGAUAUGGCAUUGAUUAAAAUAAAGCUUGAGGAAUUGGAGAAGACGUUUGCCUCUAAACCAGUCAUUGUUGUUACAGAAAAGGAUUAUGAUCGGGAUCCAGCGAUAUUCGAGAACUUGCAUCCAUACCGUGUUUUGGCCCUUCGUUCUCAACUGAAAAUCAUGAACAUCAAAGGUUGUAACGAGGAUCGCUUCGAGGAGUUGUUGGAGAAGACGGUACGAGUGAAAUUGUCUUCUGUAAUGAGGUCUUCUGAGCUCAAAGUUUGCAGUUGAGGUGGCGAAAUCAUUGACCAACGUCUCACUAAUCGACAACAACUUGUAUAGAAUCUUGUUGCCCGUCGUCUUGAACCUUAUAUUUCAAAAGGGUUUCAAAGCUAGUAGACAUUUUCGAGUUUUCUCAUCGAUCAAUUUGAAGUUUAGUUGCUUAUACACAAUUCACUCUUUUUCCUUCUAUUGGAUUUCAUUGCUUUGUCAUUCUUAGAUUUACGACCAUUCAAGCAUCUCUGUUUGUUCCUAGUCGUUAAUUGGUCGUGGUCGGUCUCGUAUUCGCCUCCAAUAUCACUUUGCACGCUUGUGAGAUAUCGUUCACCCCUUGUUAUAAAGUGCAUAGUUUAUCGAGGAGGAGAUCGUACGCUCGUUGGCUGUCGAAAAGAGAAGAAACUCAUUGUGAAGUAAGGGACAACCAAUUGACCGGCUAGUUCAAUCCAAUACUCAAAUCUUACCUCAACUUUAAGUUAUUUUCAUUACUUCAACCUCAAAAUGUUGUUGAUGCAGCAUCGUUUACCCUCUUAUCAUAAAGUACAAAGUUUAUCAAAGAGGAAACCAUGCGCUCAUCAGUUGUCGAAAAGGAAAAAAAAAAACCAUGUGAACGCUCACUAUGAAUUAAGGGACGAGCGAUCAAUCCAGUUCAAUCCGAUCCGGCUGGUCCAAUCCAACUGAAUUGGAUACGAGUGGGACCGAGAGGGAGAGGAGUUCAAUCAGAUUCCGGGGACACUAUUCUGUCACGUUUUGAAGUUUCC